GGUUCUAUCCAAGAGCCCCAAAGAAGGAAGAGUUCCAUGGUGGCAUAACCUCGUCAAAGCCAUGGCCGUGCCGUUUGAAGAUCACACGUCUCCCUCAGCUUCUUUUACUGAGCACGGUCAAACCCCUGCCACUGACGGCUCGUCGGCUACUUAUCUCCCUCCUGCGCUUCCUCUACCUCUAGACCUGCAUUCCCAUUCUCUCCUCUGACAUUCUGCUCGAUGUCGGGUGAGGAGCAAGGAGCGAAGCCGGCGACGACGGUGAGGAUCGUCGAGACGGUGUACAUCGAGGCCGGCACGGCCGACGACUUCAAGGCCGUCGUGCAGCGGCUCACCGGCAGGGACUCCUCUGCCACCGCCAUCGCGGCAGCGGAGAAUGACCGGGCUGAUCUGCAGGCUGCUGAUCGGAGGGGUGGCGGAGGAGGGCGCUCCCGUGGUGGUCGCGAGGUAGGCAGCACCUCCGACGUGAAGCGAGCAGCUGAGGUCGAUGCUGUGCAUAAGUGAACUAAUCGUGUUCUAGGUUCCAGCCAGCUUAAUUAUUGGCAAUAGCUUCCAUUUUCUCUUCUUGUUUUUCUCGUCUUUUGUUUGUCAGAAGUACUCAGUUUCAUGGCAAUUGUUUGAAUGUAAUCGUGUUUGAGGCG